GCGAGCGAGUGGCAGCGAGUCACACCUCAGCUCGACUCGAGGAGGUAAAGGAGGGGAAAAGCUGAAGUUUUCUCGAGUUAUAUGGAUGUAUGUGCUGACCGCCGCCACUCCGAGACCUGUGAGAGCUUCGGUGUUGUUUGUUUUUCAGGAGUUUUUUUCGGCUCGCGCCGCUCUCGAGGCUGACUCGAGGGGACCUCGCUGAGAAAAGGCAGCACGCAGACGCGCGCUCGCGACUCUGACUUAUAUGUGGAUUUUACAGAAAAUAUGGGUGGAUUUCCCCGCUUCUCCUCGGGCAGAGUCGCCUUCCUCGCUCUCAGCUGGCUCCAGCUGUCAUACGCUCUUCAGUGUCAGGGCCCUGUGACGCCGUGUGUGUCCGGUGGUAGCUGCGUCGCCUUUGCCAAUGGAACAGGAUACUGCAGGUGUGCUCCAGGUUACCUGGGUGAAUACUGUCACCUGUGUGGGCCGAAUCACUGUCUGAAUGGAGGGAACUGCACAGUGAACAGGAUCGAGGGGCAGGAGCGAGCGAGCUGUGUGUGUCCUCUGGGUUUUAACGGGCUGCGCUGUGGAACCCAGAUAAACUCCACCUGCUACCCCAACAACCCCUGCACCAACGGAGGCACCUGCACUGUCCUACCGCACGACCGAUACACCUGCCACUGCACCCCUGGCUGGACAGGUUCACGAUGUGAGAAUGAGGAUAGUUGUGUAUCCUCUCCGUGUGCUAACGGAGGCACCUGCACCGCACUUUCUGCUGGAAAGUUCUCGUGUUCCUGUCCACCAGGUUACCAUGGAGAUCGCUGCCUUAACGACACAGACGAAUGCGCGGAGAACCCGAUGAUUUGCCGGAAUGGUGGCCAAUGCGUAAACGUGCCGGGGUCGUACCAGUGCAGCUGCGCACCGGGGUUUACAGGGCGAAACUGCGAGAGCCUAUACGUGCCCUGCUCUCCGUCACCCUGCAUGAAUGGAGGAACCUGUAGGCAGACCUCAGACACCACAUACUGGUGCCACUGCCUACCAGGUUUUAACGGCACUAACUGUGAGGUGAAUCUUGACGACUGUCUAGAUCAUAAGUGUCAGAAUGGAGGAACCUGUAUGGAUGGCGUGAACACCUAUAACUGCCAGUGUCCUCCUGAGUGGACAGGUCAGUUUUGCACAGAUGAUGUGGACGAGUGUCGGCUGCAGCCAAACACCUGUCAGAACGGGGGAACCUGCAGUAAUCUGCCGGGCAGCUACACUUGUGUAUGUGUGAAUGGCUGGAGCGGGCUGGACUGCUCCGAGAACAUUGACGACUGCGCAGCUAAACCCUGCACUGCUGGGUCGACCUGUGUGGACCGCGUCGCCUCCUUCUUUUGCAGCUGUCCUUUUGGGAAAACUGGUUUACUGUGUCACAUUGAUGAUGCGUGCAUCAGUAACCCCUGCAGGGCUGGAUCACAGUGCGACACCAAUCCCGUCAACGGCAAAUUCAACUGCAACUGUGCCUCCGGCUACAAAGGCCCCACCUGCAAUGAUGACAUCAACGAGUGCACAAUUGGGCCGAACCCGUGUGAGCAUGGCGGUCAGUGUAUGAACACGGAGGGCUCAUUCACCUGUCAGUGUGUGCGCGGAUACAGCGGCCCGCGAUGCGAGCAGGACGUGAACGAGUGUGGAUCAAACCCCUGCCAAAACGAUGCCACCUGCCUCGACCAGAUAGGAGACUACAACUGCAUCUGCAUGCCAGGCUUUGAUGGUUCCCACUGUGAGAUUGAUGUCAAUGAAUGUGCCAGUUCACCCUGCCUUAACAACGGCAAGUGCAUAGACCAGGUCAACCGCUUCGUCUGCGAAUGCCUUCAUGGCUUCAGCGGAGAGACGUGUCAGGUGGAUGUUGACGAAUGUGCCAGCACUCCGUGUCAGAACGGAGCCAAAUGCAUCGACCGGCCCAACGGCUACGAGUGCGAAUGUGCAGAAGGUUUUACAGGCACUCUGUGUAAUGAGAACAUUGAUGACUGUCACCCGAAGCCCUGCCACCACGGUGUGUGCAAAGACGGCAUCGCCACAUUCACUUGCGAGUGUUUCUCAGGGUAUAUGGGCCGUAUCUGCAGUGAGCAGAUUAAGGAGUGCCACAGUGACCCCUGCCAGAAUGGAGGCCGGUGCAUUGACCUUGUUAAUGAAUACCAGUGCAACUGCCUGCCCGGCACAGCCGGUGUGAACUGUGAGAUCAACUACAAUGACUGUGCCAGCAACCCCUGUCUGCAUGGCUCAUGUGAGGACGGCAUUAAUGAGUACAAGUGUGUGUGCGAGCCUGGCUACACAGGUGAUCGAUGCAGCGUGGAGAUAAAUGAAUGUGACUCUAACCCGUGUCUCAGCGGUGGGACGUGUGUGGAUAAGCUGAAUGGCUUUCAGUGUCAGUGUCCGGUGGGCACUCACGGGCUGUUGUGCCACUCUGGGGUGGACCACUGUGCCCCAAAGCCCUGCAGACAUGGAGAGUGUGUGGAAGAGCAGGAUGGGUACCGCUGUGAGUGUAAAUCUGGAUUUGAAGGUCAGAACUGUGAGCUGGAGAAGAACGAGUGUGAGUCCAACCCCUGCCAGCAUGGAGGAGCCUGCAUGGACAGGCUGAACAGCUACAUCUGCAAGUGUGCACGAGGGUUUGUUGGUAUAAACUGUGAGAGAAAUGUUGAUGAAUGUGCCUCAAACCCCUGUUUAAAUCAAGGCACUUGUCUUGAUGGGGUCAAUGGCUACACCUGCCGCUGCACUUUACCUUACACAGGGAGGUACUGUGAAGAAGAGUUGGUCCCGUGUUCGUCUCAGCCAUGUAAGAGAGGAGGUGUUUGUCAGCCGUCGCUUGAUUACACAUCCUACACCUGCAGGUGUCCCAUUGGCUGGCAGGGCGCCCAGUGUACAGAGGAUGUAGAUGAAUGCCGGAAGAGUCCGUGUCAGAACGGAGCUCGUUGUGUGAAUAGGCAGGGCAGCUAUGUGUGCGAGUGCCAGGCUGGGUACAGCGGCGUGAACUGCCAAACCAACAUUGACGACUGCAGCUCCAACCCCUGCAUAAAUGGCGGUUCAUGCGUAGAUAAGGUGGGUCGAUUUUCGUGCGAGUGCAGGCCGGGUUUUUAUGGAGAGCGAUGUGAGCAGGAGGUGAACGAGUGCGAAAGCUCCCCCUGCAGGCAUGGAGGAACCUGCACCGAUUACGUCAACAGCUAUACCUGCCAGUGUCCGCCCGGCUUCAAUGGCAUCAACUGUGAACGCAACAUUCCCGAAUGCACAGAGACCUCCUGUCUAAAUAAUGGGACCUGUGUGGAUGGUGUUAACCACUUUUCAUGUCGUUGCCAACCCGGUUUCACUGGCCAAUUCUGUCAGUAUGAGAUUAAUGAGUGUGAAUCACAGCCCUGCAAGAAUGGAGGCACCUGCACAGACGGCUUGGGCACCUACCAUUGCACCUGCCCCAUAGAGUACACUGGCCAGAACUGUCAGUCUCUGACGGAUCUCUGCAGAAACGUGCAGUGCAAGAACGGAGGUAAGUGUGUCCAGCAGGAGACCACAUGGCGUUGCAGAUGCCUCCAAGGCUGGACCGGACUCUACUGUGAUAUUCCCAACAUGUCCUGCCAGAGUGCUGCCAUCAGUAAAGGUGUGCCAGUGGAGCGAGUGUGUCAAAACGGCGGCCACUGUGUAGAUACAGACAGCACGCACAAGUGUAUGUGUCAGGUGGGCUGGUGGGGCAGCUACUGUGAGAAGGAAAUCGAUGAGUGCUUGCCAAGUCCCUGUAGAAAUGGAGGAACCUGCAUGGAUUACCAGGGUGGCUACGGCUGCCGGUGUAAGCAAGGUUAUCAGGGAGUGAACUGUGAGUACGAUGUUAAUGAGUGUCAGUCUAACCCCUGUCGACACGGAGGCACCUGCAUCAAUCUGGUCAACCGCUUCUCCUGCUCCUGCCCUCCUGGCACCAAAGGCCUUCAGUGCGAGGUGAACGUGGAUGAGUGCUCUCCCGAGUUUGGCCCGCGCUGUCUGAAUGGUGGACGCUGUGUGGACGGUAUUGGCCGUUACACUUGUGUGUGUCUACCUGGAUUCACCGGUGAUCACUGUGAAGGUGACAUCAAUGAAUGUCUCUCUGCCCCCUGCAAUGCUCUGGGCAGCAUCGACUGCGUCCAGCUGGCGAAUAACUAUCAGUGCCGCUGUCGCCUCAGUUACACAGGUCAUCACUGUGAGUCAAUGGUGGACCUGUGUCAGUCGAAGCCCUGCCACCACGGAGGAAAAUGCUCCAUGAACAUGAGCUCAGUCCAUGGAUACAGCUGCACCUGUCUCCCUGGCUACACUGGCUUUAACUGCGGCGACAUCGAGGGCUACACAUGUGCCAACCUGCGCUGUCAGAAUGGCGGGCAAUGCCACGAGUCAUCUGGGUACCCACAGUGCCAGUGUCCACCAGGCUUUAAAGGCACACGCUGCGAAAUCCUCACAGACCCAUCAUCCUGCCAGUGCCGAAAUGGAGGCAUGUGCAUUAAAGACCCCCACAAGCUGUCUGCCUUCGCCUGCCAUUGUCCUGCGGGCUACAGCGGGGAGCAGUGCCAGAAUGUCAUAUUUACACUCAGCCCCUCCUGCCCAUAUGUGGAGUGUGAGGAGCGGGCGGGCGACAGGGUGUGUGACCCCCAGUGUAAGAUUCCGGAGUGUGAGUGGGACGGGGGCGACUGUACGCUGCACUGGCGCCGGCCUUGGGAGAACUGCACGGCCUCAGUGCCCUGCUGGGACCUUUUCCAUAAUGGCCACUGUGAUCCGGAGUGUGACAACCCAGGGUGUCUCUUUGACAGCUUUGAGUGCCAGAAAGGAUCUUCAUCCACGCCCAGCGUCUGCAAAUAUGAUAGGUACUGUCUGGAUCACUUUCAGAAUAAUCACUGUAACCAGGGCUGUAACACAGAGGAAUGUGGCUGGGAUGGUUUGGACUGUUCGAAGGACACUCCUCCGCAGUUAGCCGACGGGACGCUGGUCAUCGUGGUGCUGCUGCAGCCCAGUGAACUGCUGGGGGAUCUGAAGGGUUUCCUGCGCUCACUGGGGAUGCUCCUGCACACCAACCUUCAGGUCAAAUUUGACGACCAGCAGAAGCCGAUGGUCUAUCCUUAUUAUGGUGCCGAUCAAGACUACACGAACACCGGCUCUGACGCCAUGAAAAGGCGGGGCAAGCGGGAGCUGGAGAAGGAGGUUAUUGGGUCGAAGGUAUAUCUGGUGAUAGAUAAUCGACAGUGUGCGCAGAGCUCUAGUGAUUGCUUGUCCAGUGCGGACCUGGCUGCUUCAUUCCUCGCUGCAGAGUAUCUCAAAGCAGAGCUGCCGUAUCCCAUCUUAGCUGUGCAGAGCGAUCCAGUCAUAUCUGUGCCUGAGAAGCCUCUUCUCUAUCUGGUUGCUGUGGCAGCAGGCAUCAUCCUGCUGAUCUUAGUGUUGGGUGUUCUGGUUGCCAAACGCAAGCAUGGCAUCCUUUGGCUGCCCGAUGGCUUCCUGGCCAAGAAGGACAGUAAACGGCGUGAGCCGGUUGGUCAGGAUGACUUCGGCUUGAAAAACUUGCAAAAGCCACAGGAUAGUGGGAUGAUGGAUGGCAGCGUUGGUCAUCAUUGGCCAGAGGAAGAACAUGUGCCCAAGAAGCCACGGCUGGAGGAUAAGCCCUUGUUGCCAGUAGGAGUGGAUGCUGGAGUGGAUCGUCGGGAAUGGACUCUACAGCACCGUAAAGCUGCUGACAUCACACUGACCCCGCCCCAAGCAGAUGUAGACAUGGACUGUCUGGACGUGAAUGUAAAAGGGCCAGAUGGCUUCACCCCACUCAUGCUGGCGUCCCUGCGGAAUGGUGGAAGUCCUGAAUGUGGCAGUGUUUUAGUCGAUGAUGAGGAGGAGAGUGGCGUGGAUGAACCUGGAACCAACAUCAUCACUGACCUCAUCACCCAGGGUGCUACGCUUAAUGCCCAGACUGACCGCACGGGUGAAACCGCCCUCCACCUGGCUGCCCGCUAUGCCCGUGCUGAUGCUGCCAAGAGGCUGCUGGAUGCUGGGGCUGACCCCAAUGCUCAUGACAACAUGGGCCGCACUCCUCUCCACGCUGCGGUGGCUGCAGACGCACAGGGAGUGUUCCAGAUCCUGAUCCGUAAUCGGGCCACGGAGCUGGAUGCCAGGAUGAAUGAUGGUACCACUCCCCUUAUACUGGCAGCCAGAUUGGCUGUGGAGGGCAUGGUGGAGGAGCUGGUGCACUGUCAUGCCGAUGUCAAUGCUGUGGACGACCAUGGUAAAUCUGCUUUACACUGGGCUGCUGCUGUCAAUAAUGUGGAGGCCACGCUAGUGUUGCUGAAGAACGGAGCCAAUCGAGAUAUGCAAGACAACAAGGAGGAGACACCGUUGUUCCUGGCAGCAAGGGAAGGCAGUUUCGAGGCAGCUCAGGUCCUUCUAGACCACUACUCUAACCGAGACAUCACUGACCACCUGGACCGGCUACCGCGAGACACAGCCCAGGAACGCAUGCACCAUGAUAUCGUCCGCCUGCUUGACCAAUAUAACCUGGUGCACAGCCCCCACUCUGGACCCAACCACAUGGGCAAUGGUGGAGGCGGCCACCCCUCCAUGGUCUGCGGCAGCAAUGGAACCGGGUUUAUUGGCAUGCGACCAGGACCACAGGGCAAGAAGAACCGUCGUGGUGGUGCAAAAAUGGGUGGGGCUAGUGCUGGUGGAGGCGGAGUUAAAGACCUCAAAGACAUGAAGGCCAAGCGGAGGAAGAAACCCGCAGGAGGUGAAGCCCCUGGUAUGGCCACUGCUGGAGGUUCUGUAGCAUCAGCCACUGCAACUGCUAGCACUAAUGGCACCAAAGCAGCAGGUGGCACGAGUGGUCUUUCAGAGAGUUCAGUGACGAUGUCUCCGGUGGAUUCCUUGGAGUCCCCACAUUCCUACACUGUGGAUGCUGCAGGGGGUUCCAAUGCCGCUAAUUCGCCCCCACUGAUGGCCAGCCCUUCAACUCGUCCCCUGUUGCCACCUGUUAGCCACAUGCUGGGGCAGCAACAGAGCUGGGUGGGCGUGGCCAAGCACAGCUACAGUGGUCACAUGUUCAGUCACAUGCUUCCCCACCAGAUGGCGCCAGGGCAUGCUGGCUUGCAGCAGCACCACGGCUCUAGCAUGCUCACGCCCAUGAACGUCACCAUGAGUCGAGAGCAGCUCCCACCCAUCGUGACCUUCCAGAUGAUGGCUGCUGGAGGAAGCCAGGCAGGCAUCCUGAAGCCUGGCCAGCAGCAGGGGGCGCUACAAUUGCAGGCUUCGGGGCAAAGCCAGGGUCAGAGUCACAGCCAGCAGGCUGCACACAUGCUCUGCAGCCAGGGCAUGAUGUACCCCAUGCCGGAGGUGAGUCUACAGCACAGCAUGCAGCAUUCACUGCCCCAUGGGCAUGGCCACGCCCACAGCCACACUCAUGGCCACGCCCUCCCGCAUGCUCACAGCCUGGCAGAAGCCCAGGUGCGGCAGCAGGUGACGCCCUACCAGCAGCUGCAGAGCCCUGUGGAUAAAUACCCAACGCCACCCUCCCAGCACAGCUACGCCACUCAAAGCUCUGAAGGUACGCCAGGUCAUCCUGCUCAGCCAGCCAGUGAGCACCCCUACCUCACCCCUUCACCUGAAUCUCCGGACCCAUGGUCCUCUUCCUCCCCUCACUCCAACUCGGACUGGUCCGACGUCACCACCAGCCCCACUCCGCUUGCAAACCACACACACUGCCACACCCCCACCGCACACACAUUCCUGAACAAGCACCACUGCUGCAGGCACAGGCACCGCAGGCAGCGCAGCAGCAGCAGCAGCCAGCGCAGUCCUGCAGCAGCGUCUACGCGUAGAACUGUUCACCACAGUCUGCCUGUAUCCGCUCGGCUCAGCCUGGUGGAUCAAAUACGUCAAGUGGGCUCCAGCCCUGGUCCUGGAGCACCACUGCUCUGCACAUUUGUUUUGAUUGUUUUUCUCACUCUAGCAUAGUUUCCAGGAUCCCCUGCCCCUCUACUAAAUCUGCACAAUACAUUUAUGUACAGGGCUACAGUGUAGAAGUGAGCUCUCUUACAAAUCAUACAUCUGUAGGGAGUGUCCAGUCUUUAAUCAUCAUUAGUGGUCUGCCAAGUUCAUCUUAAUACGAUACUGUGCAAGCACCUAGGCUAAUUGUUCAAAACCAGUUGAAAAUGAUUAGAGGAACAUCGACAUCCAUCGACAUACGAAACCACUACUUACUGUAUUAAUUAUUAAUUAUUUGUAUUCUUGUGUUGGUGUUUUUCUGAGCAGAAAACAUUUCCAACUUUAGUAGUUUUUUAAACCUGAUAUUCUCAGAUGCCUAAGAACUUUGCACAGUAUUGCAUAUUGUUUGGGACAUCACGAUCACAGUCUUAAGCAAUGUAAUUGCAAUAUAUUUUGUCUGUAUCUAGAGCCCAAUGCAAUAUAUGCGGUUCCUCAACUAAUUAUCAAGCCCUUAAUGAGUUGAGCUAGGCAUGUUGGAGCCACUGGAUUGAGAAUGGACCCACAUCCACUGAGGAAGGUGUUGUUAAUGAGCUGGCUAGUUGAAUCAGUUAUUUUAAAGCAGGGUGAACACCAAAAGGAGAACGGUGCUCCAGGACCAGGACUGGGAACCGCUGAGCUAUGCAGUGAUUGGGUCGUAUCUAAAGGAGUGACUUGGUCUUAAUGGCAGUCUUCUCUGUCUCUUACUGCCUUUAUGUUAAUUUUACACUAUGCACACGGUUGACUGUGGCGUUUGUAUGCAACCUGUACCCCUCCCCUGCUCCCAGCUAUGGAUACUCGACCCCAUCCACAAAUCAUCGACCCUCAGUGACCCCAAAAAUCUGCUUGAUGUCAGUCAGAAUUAGCAAUACCAAAAUAUGAGACUCAGACUGUCGAAACAGAGAGCUUUUUAAAAUACUUACAGAUCACAAAUGACAGACCGGCUAUCGAGGAAAUCCUAAAUCACCUCAGCCGCCCGGGGAGGCUGUAUCACUAGUGGACAAUGAUUAAAGACAAGAAGCUGGACUUGAGUCUGUCUCUACGAUGGAGAUUUCACUAUGAUGGAGAUUUCAAUCAGAUUUUUCAACCUGCUCUUAAACUUUGAAGGAAAUUUGAACUGGCUUAACCUGCAGCCUCUCUUUUAUUACUGUUUUUAUUUCUUUUUAUUUCAAAGUGUCCAAAGCAUACAUCCCAAGGAGGUACUUCGUAACCAUUGUUAAUUUAAUUCCUUUUUUGUGGGUCAAGCUGUCUUCCCUGAGCUACAACUGCCCUGUAGUAGUGUAACUUUUUACGUUACGUCCACGCUGUUGUGCGUGCAUGCUCAACUGGUCAUUGCUCUUUUUGGUCCUCUAAAAUCAGUACCGGCCAUAAAAUCGGGCCCUACUUACUGCUGAUAUCACUUGUGCACUAGACCACUCACAGUUGCCGUGCUGAGCUUCAUUCUGGUUACCUCGAUGCCUCAAAGCCUCUGGGGUGAUUUCACUGUGGUACGUAAUGGAGAAAAUGGAUUACUCACAUUGACGUUCUCAGAUUCACUCUAGGAAAACGACUGCCUUGCGUUUGAAACAUGCUGUUCCUCUCUCCGUAUGAGAUACGAUUUCACAUUAGUGGUGCACCAUGUCCAGACAACACUGUGGCUUUAAAGCAGGCCUAAAAUCCUGACGAAUGGGGAAGAUGAGCAAGGAUCAGCAUUGGAUGCGUGUAGUUCUUGUAGCCGAGCUCAAUCCGAAAGGCAGAAACAUCAUAGGAUCCUGUUACAAAACGAGACGACUAAGGUAGCUUGCACUUUUUAAGACCUGUUUUAGUUGAUCCUCUUAUAUUAGGUGUGUCUGUGGUGCUUAGAGCAAUCCAAGGUGGAGGAAUGCAUUCAGUCUUUAGCUUAGUGUCCUCCACUGCCUUUCUGCUAAUUUAUGGAGUACAGUAUUCCGUUGCCACUGAAAUGUUACAGAAGCAGAUUAGGAAAUGAAUGAAUGUUGGCAAUCUUAGACUCUUGGUACAGUAAAGGUUUGUUCCCAGUGCCUUUUUACAGAAUAGUAUAACCAUUGCUGAUUAUAUAUAUAAGUAUACAUAUGCAUAUAUUUUCCUGUUGUUUUAUAAUAAUACUUUUUCUGUAUGGUUCUGAAGUUGUCUUUUCAUGUUUUAAAUGAUCUUAAAUCAUCUAUUAUUUCUUUUUUUUUAUUAUUAUUAUUAUUACAAUCAGCCUUUACAUGCUCCUGUUUGAAAUGUUUGGUGAUAUAGAAACUAUGCCUUGAGAUUUUUUUGUAUUAUAUUAUUUUAUUAUUUUGUUUUUAAGCAGAGCUUUAUAAGUCAGAUUGGUACAAUCACAAUCACUCAUGAUCCUUUUUACACAUGCCUGAACACCAAAUGACUGACUUUUAUAACCAAAAGUUUCUUUUUCUAUCAAAAUCUUUAUAGCACAUGACCUCCCCCCUCCACCACCCCAGUUUUAUUCAGCUGUCACAUUUUAUUAGGUUCUCACAGUUUCCCAGUGUUUAUAUGUAAGAUCUUGUGUUUAUGAUGGCGAUAUGCAGUAUCCACUAACUCCUUUCUUAGAUAGAACGCCACAAUCUUAUGUGUACCUACUUUUUGGCACUUAUGUUGUUUUAUGGUAUUUCUUACUUUGUUUUCUUUCUUUUUUUUUUUUUUUCUUUUUUUUUUAAUCAACUGACCUUGUGCUGUCAAAACAAGGCUCGGAGAGCAGCAUGUUUUCCUGUGUUAAAUGUUAUGCAAGGCUGUUUUUACAAGUGCUGUAUAUAGGUUGUCAUUGCGUCAUGUUCUUUUUCUCUUUCUCAGUUCGCCUAAUAUACACCCUGUUGUUGCUAUAUGAAGUAUGUAGCCUUUUUAUGUUGUUCGUAGAAGGAAUUUUUGUGAAUAAAGAACAAAAACGUGUCUAGCAGAAACAAACCAAACACACAAAUGAUGCCAUUAGAGAUAAAUAAAGGCAAACACAAUAAAGGCAAAGCUUUACAGAUCUA